AUGGAUCGUUGUACUAAAAAUCAUCAAUAUAGUUAUGAGGUACCUGUUGUAGACAAUUGGGAAGAUUUACUUGAUAGUGAUAAUGAAGAAGAUAAAAAUAGUCCUAUAAAUUCACUUCAAAAAUGUCCAGAUUUAAAAUCUUCAAAUAUAACGAAUAAUAAUAUAAUAAAAGAUCAAAAUCCGAAUUUAAUAGAUGAACUAAGUGAGGAAAUGCGAUGUCAAAAAUUAACAGAAGAAAUGGAUGAAAGUGCAAUGGAUGAUUUAUUUGAUGGUUUUAUUACUAUUCCAAAUAAAUUCCAAGAUCAAAAAUCUAUAAGUAAUACUAAAUUAUUAUCUUCUACAUUGAAUGUAUCUAGUGAUCCAUUUAUUUCUAUAAAUUUAAGUUCUUAUGGAAAAGUUGAGGCUAUUGCUUUAAAAUUUGCAGAUAAAAUUCGUCCAGCUCUAGCUAAAAGUCCAGCAUGGCUUAGAUUUAUUGAUAUAUGUUUAAAUGAAAUAUUCCCUAAAAUGGAUCUUAAAGAUCUUAAGACAUUAAAAAAAAAAGUAGAUCAACAAAUUCAAAUAAAAGAAAAAGAUAUAUCUAAAAGUCAACAAAAAAAAAAACCAAGUGAUAUAUCUACUUUAUCUAGGAAUUAUAAAGAAGAGUUGGAUAUAUUUGAUGGUAUAGAUUUAUUAGAUGAAGAGUCUGAUGAAUAUUAA